UAAAGUUUGAAUGACAAGAUAUCAGGAGUUGUACUCUAUGUAAUGGAUGCCCUUGGAGUAUCGCCGGAAGUUCUCAGUCCUCGACAGAGCCGGACCCUGUCCGUGUGGGAGGAUUUCCUGGAGAAGCAUAUUAACAGAGAGAAGCUCGAACCAGAGUCAAAACUUCAAAGGUUUCGGAAGAAGGGAAAAGAGAUCUUACAUAGCCAGGUGUUAUUGCUGAUAGUUGUCAUUCUAAACUGUCUUGAUUGUCUGCUAGUCCUUAGUGAACUUAUACUCGACGUUUACUUUAUAAAAAAAAUGAUUGUUACGGCUGAGAAUACGAUGGAACAGUUCAACCAACUAUUAAAAGAUCGUCACCCGGAACAAUUUGCCGGGUACCAUGUGCACGAUACACAUAAAUUCUUUAAUAAAAUUCUCACGACAAAACUGGUCUGUGACACAAAUCUAACUUACAUGCACAUAGAUAGAGCCACGAGGAACCUAGGGCAUAAUAUAGUCCCUUCAAGCACGGAACCAGGAGCUCAUAAUUACGGGGUACCAAUAUUCAAGGAUUCUGACGAUCCCCACUUCCUGGAGGAGGAGGCUCACAGCCUAGAGGAAAGUGUGUCGCACGCAUUCCAUAAAGCCAGUAUUACUAUAUUAAGCAUUUUAGUACUUUUUACACUGUUUAAAAUAUUCUGCCAUGGGUUAUCUUUUGUAAAGCAUAAGCUCGAGGUUUUUGACGGUAUAGUUGUUAUAUCAUCAUUCACCCUGGAUUUAUGUUAUAUAAACGGACUAACAAACUAUCCCGUGGAGUCCUUUGUCCUCAUAUUGGUCAUCAUGAUCCCGUGGAGAAUUAUAAGAGUUCUAAAUAGUCUUAUAAUUGCGGUAAAAGACAACUUUCAUUUCCUUCUAAAACUGAUGUAUAAAAAGAACAAAUAUCAACGGGAAAAGAUUUCAGAGCUGGAGUCACUCAAUGCUCAGCAACAGCUUGAGUUAUCUGCCCUUUGA